AUGUCAUCUCGUCCGGAACUGCAAUCACAGCCAGAGAUAUUCUACAACGAUGAAGAAGCUCACAAGUACACUUCCUCUUCUUGCAUCAUCGAAAUUCAGGCUCAACAGUCGGAGAGAGAUAUGGAGCUUCUUGCUUUGCCUGAUGAUGGGGUCCCCAGAUUACUUAUUGACAUUGCUCAGAGAUUAUCCUUGGUGGAGAUCAUGACUUAUCCUCAACAUAAGGAGGAGGUUGGUGGGUUCUUCAUGGAACGUGGUCAAAUAUUGGACCGUUUCCUUCGGUGGUACAGAUAA